AUGUCCACUGAAGAUAAAUUAUCAGUGCUUUCGGCAGCUUCCCCCUCGGGAAAACGACCAAAAGAUAUUUCUGAACUCAAAAAACAGCGAGGUAAUUUAAAAGGUCGGUUAACACAAUUUAAAAAAUAUUUAGAUUUGUUGCCUUGUAAUUCUAUAUCUCAAGUUCAAGUUAAAGAAGUUAAAUUUAGAAUGCAAGCAGCUCAAGAUCAUUUUAAUACUUUUAACGACAUUCAAAAUCAAAUUGAGCUCAUUUUACCCGAGUCGGAAUAUACAGCGAACUUUGAGUAUGUAGAAUCUUUCGAAUCAUUAUAUUUUAACGUUUUAGCUACAGCUGAAAGUAUAGUCGAAAAUACCGUCGAAAGUUUAAAAUGUAACAGUAAAUCGUCAGCACAAUCGAAUGUUAAACUGCCGGACAUAAAAUUACCCUCCUUUGAUGGUUCAUUUGAUCAGUGGUUAGAAUAUAGGAAUUCGUAUAUUACUAUGAUACACAAUCGUUCAGACUUAGACGAAAUCCAGAAAUUUCAUUAUUUAAAGGCUUCACUAAGCGGUUGUGCGUUACAAGUUAUAAGCGCUUUAGAAUUUACAGCGAGUAAUUACGUGCAUGCCUGGGAUCUACUUCAUAGUAGAUUUCAUAAUACGCGACUUCUUAUACAGAACCACUUGAAAUCAUUAUUUUCUAUCACUCCGCUUAAACAGGAAUCCCACUUGCAGAUUCGUAGGUUAAUAGAUACUACACUCAGAAACCUUCGUGCUUUAAAAUCAUUAAACGAACCUACUGAACACUGGGAUACAAUAAUUAUAUACUUAGUUGUAUCUAAGUUAGACGCAUCUACUGAGCGGGAAUGGGAGAAUUUUAAGGGAUCAAUUUUAACUGAUUCGAACAAACGACUAAAAUUAGAUGAUUUAUUGUCAUUCUUAAGAAACAAAUCGAAUACUCUGGAGAUGAUUAGUUCUAGUCAAAAUAAGUUGCCUCAAUGUAAGCCUCACGUUAUAAGCGAAAAUAAGCAUUACCAACCAAAAGGCCAUGUCAUAGGACAUACCUACAGGUCUACUAAUUCUAAUAAAAAUAAUAAUUCUAAGAAGUUAUUUAGUUCUAAUAAACGCAUUUCUCCAGACAAUAAUAGUUGUAUUUUAUGUAAUGGUAAUCAUCUACUUUAUACGUGCUAUAAAUUUUUAAAUUUGUCUAUUAAAGAUAGGCUAAAAUUCGUUGAAGAUAAUAAACUAUGCAGUAAUUGUUUACGUUGUUCAGGUCAUUCUGCAACGGAAUGUAUGUUCGGUCCGUGUAAGCAAUGUCGGAACAAACAUAAUACGUUAUUACAUGUUAAUAAUAAUUUAAAUAAAUUCGAAUAUACGCAAAGCGUGCGAUCAGCUGAUUUUGGCGAGACUCGUGAAGCGGCCGGCCCGUCGACCGCGCUUCACAGUUUAUCUACUAGCCACGCGCUGCCGCGAAAUGCAUUACAACCGGUUUUGCUAUGCACCGCGUUGGUAGAUAUAAUAGAUCGGAAUAAUCAAAUAUUUACAGCUCGCGCGCUAUUGGAUAACGGCAGUCAACAUAGUUUUAUUUCAGAAAAAUUAUUUAAACGUUUGAAUACGAAACCUAUACAGUCCACUAUACGUAUAUCGGGUGUUGGUAUGUCUACAAUGCAAUCGAAUAAAUCGUGCGAAAUAAUUAUACGUUCUAAGAUAAACGAUUAUAGUACAAAGGUGCGGUGCUACAUUUUGCAGCACAUUACGUCUAGUUUGCCUACGACAAACAUUGAUAAUAAAUUUAUACGUAUUCCUAAUAAUAUUCGUCUUGCGGAUCCAUCAUUUAAUAUUUCCUCGGCUAUCGAUUUACUAAUCGGUGCUGAUUUAUUCUGGGAAUUAUUAUUAAACGAUAAUAGAAUUCGAUUAGAAAGGGGACCUUACCUCCAAAAUUCUAAAUUAGGAUGGUUAUUGUGUGGGCCGCUUUAUACGUCGCAAUUAAAAGACAGUGAAACCGAUCACGUUUAUUGUAAUUUUAAUCAAGCUUUAGACGACAAUUUAAAACGUUUCUGGGAGUUAGAAAACGUAUCUCAGUCCUGUAAUAUUCUUACUGCUGAUGAGCGUAUAUGCGAGGAUCUAUUUAAAAAUACGACUAAACGAGACAUCGAUGGUAGGUUCACAGUACGCAUUCCUUUGAAACAAUCACCAGAUGUUUUAGCAUUCCUCAUCAAUCACGUUCCAAAAAACACGCGAGGGCGAGGGCGCGGCCGCAGGUCCUCAAUGUACGUGAGGCGUGCACACGCUCUCGUUCUGAAUUCAGUC